AUGGAACUGCGGCCUAACUUGUUUCAAUUCAACAUCCCUAAUCAAGAUGACAAAGACAGAAUUGUAGAAGGAGGCCCUUGGAUGAUAGAUAGUCAAAUGUUAGUGUUGAAUAGGUGGUCAGAAGGAAUUGAAGAGAAUUAUGGAGCCUUUGUGACUGCACCUCUGUGGGUGCAGAUCUGGAACCUGCUAGUACACUGGCUAACCAAAGAGGUAGGUAGAAAGAUUGGGGUUGUGUUCAAAGAAGUAAAAGAGGUCCUAAUUCCUCAGACAAGGGGUAAAGAGGGUAGACAUUUGAAAAUCUUAACCUUAACAGAUUUGUCAAAGCCCCUUCUCAGAGGAACAAUGGUGAAAUUGGCAGGGUCUAUCAAAUGGGUAGCCUUUAAGUAUGAAAGAUGCCCAGACUUUUGCUAUAGUUGUGGAAUAGUAGGUCACAGUGAACGGUCAUGCAAAGAUAAGAGAGUCAUAUCAGGAAGCAUUUUAGAGAACCAAUAUGGGCCCCGGUUGAGAGUAGGAAAUAACAAAAAUUCACCACAGAAAAAACCAAUGAGGACUGACAUGCCAAAUGACAAAAGAUACUGGAAAUUCCAGAAUGGAGAAAUGAUUGAGCAAGAGAGAACCAGGACACAGCUGAAGGAAAGCUUCUUGGAAACUCUUAAGAUCACAUGA